GAAGUUCUGAAAUGUUUAAAGAGGAAAAAAAUGUCUGCUGAGUUUGAUUUCCCUAAGGCUCUCAUGAUUGAAAGUGAUUCUAAGUCGGAAGGGGUUCUGGAACUUUCAAGUGCAGGUGAGAAACCUCUUUACGACUCAAACCCCAAAAAAUCGGAUAUCACAGUUCAUGAUUCUGAAGAAACAUUUCCUAGAAAUAGUGAUGCGAUAGUUGGGGAACUAAAUGCGAUUUCUCCCACUGAGGUUGUGAAUUCAGACAUAGAGAACAUUGACGUAGUUGCAAGUAAAAUCAUCAGAAACACGAUGAACACAACAGGGAAAGGAGUUCCUCUCCUACCAUCAAAACAAACAGUAGAAGAACCCGAUGCCAUGACAAAAACUGCUACUUGGGUUGUUAAAGCACAUUCUGAUAUUAAAGAGGAGUCGGUUGAAAUGUGUGGCUCACUAAUGCAGCUGAACAAAGAGCAUGAUGAAAUGAGAAACAAUGAAAAAGUAGACCAAGAACAUUCAUAUGACCAUGAAAUGCUCGACUGUGAGCUGCAUGAUGACAAAAUGGCUUCUCUAACUAAUCUUGAACAUGCAGAAUGUAGUCUUAAAAUGGGGUUUAAUAAGAUAAAACCUGAGGGAAUUGCUGAUUUUUUCGUUUCAGCAGAUGGUAUAUGCCACACUACUCUUGAUGAAAAAUUAAUAGAGCUGGCAACUGGACCUAGCUGCAACACAAAUGGACAUGAAAAACCUUUAUGCCAAAAUGAUCAUGCUACUUUUCAUCUGGAAACUGGUGUACCGUGUGAAACUAUCUCAGCAGUUUCCUCCAACCCCACAUUGGACCACACCGAUGAGAAGAACAUAAAUUUGCUGUCUAUCAGUGAGGAAUAUGAAGUUCCUCAGACCAAAGGAAGUUCUACAAUAGCUGAAAGUGGCCUGCAGAGCUGCAAAAAGUUUCCUGAAUGCUUUGUUAAAGAAAAUGAUCGGCAAACGGGCUGUGCUCAUGAUGCCUUUUUUGAUGAGGAUGAAAAGAAUGUUACCCCCUGUUCUAGUUGGAUAUGUAAACUCAAAACUGAUAGAACAGAUUCAGCUGACAUUCCAUCUUCCAGUUGUGUUAGUUUCAGCGUUUGCUUAUCUGAUGAUGUUCAGUCCUCCCUUGAAUUUCAAAGCAAAUUGUCUUGCCAGAUAGUUAAAUUGAAACACAAAAGGAAAAUCGUUGUGCUUCAGGAUCCAUCCAUGAGAUGCUGGCCGGUCUUGUAUCACAAGAGCAACAGUUUUGUAGGCUUCCUUGGUGGUUGGGUAGAUUUUGCGAAAGCAAAUAACAUUUGCAGAGGGGAUAUCUGCGAAUUCGAACUUAUUAAUAAGUUGGAAUAUAAAUUUAGAGUGCAGAUCAUGAAAGCAGAAGGAUCUAUCUGUGAUGAAAAAGUAGCAUAAACUAAAUCAGAUUUCAUAAUGCAUCUUCUAUUUAGCAGAAGCAGGUCAGAUUUUCAUGUGCUUAUAUUCAGAACCGAGGAAAAUUUAUGCCAGGAUCUUCAAUCAGGCCAGAUGGCUCGUACGAGUUCAAGAGAUGACUCUUCCUAUAUAGCACUUUAUCCCAAAUGCGUUUAAAGAGGUGGCUUUUCUGAUGUAGAUUGUUUUUUUUGGCUGCACUCUUAUUUUUGGUGGUUUUUGUUUUUUAUUUUUUGGUGUUUGGGAGUUGUGUUUUAAUG